AGGCUCCGAUUGCACACAUCGCAUGUUGCACACAUGCAUCGCUAAUUAUCCAAUUUAAAAACAAAAUAUUCUCAUUAGUAAAGCAGUGAAAAAUUACUGGACACACCAGCUGAUAUGAGUGGGUGUGCAAUCGGGAUUGUAGGCAAAUGGAUCCUCCCAAAUCUGGACAUAAAGCUAGGGCUUGUAACACUUGAAUCAUGUGUCCCGCCAAUUUCAAAUCAUUUGAUAUACAGGCAUCGCACCAUAAAACAAUGCAUCAAGAUUUACCGAUUAAACACCCAAAAGCGGUAGAUUCCGAACAAGAUGAAAUACAGGAAAUGAGGGAGCAGGAACAAGAACUUAUAAUUCCCUUACCUGAUAACAUAUGGGAUAUUAUCAGAGAAGAAACAGGAAUUAUUAGAACAAGUGUGGGGACAACGGAUGGCAUUCCUGCAGGUGCUGAGGAGGAGCCAGAUUUCGUCUUCGAGUCGGAGGAACAGGCCAUGGACGGGUUCGAAGAAGUCAUGGAUUUGCUUUUAAAAGACUGCAUUGAAGUCAACCUCUUCGAAAAGGAGAAUAAGAGAUAAAGGAUGAUGAGAAGGAUGUUAAGGA